AAGGGAUGUUGUUACGAAUUUUUAGCAUAAAUACCACGGAUCAGCUCACUAUAAUCACCAGUUCAUUUCUGUACACAGUCAUCGUUCAAUUUGACAAAAAAAAACCCAAAACAACACUAAAAUGGCCGCUAAGUUCGUCAUCUUCGCCGCUUGCGUGGCUACCGCCCUCGCCCAAUACUCCGCCCCAGCUUACAAGCCAGCGUACUCUGCGCCCGCUUACUCGGCACCAAAGGCUUACGCCCCAGAGCCCGCAUACGCACCCACACCGUACAACUUCGAAUACAGCGUAAACGACCCACACACCUACGAUGUGCACAGCCAAUCCGAAUACAGUGACGGAAACGGUUACGUCAAGGGAUCCUACAGCCUCGUCGAAGCCGACGGCUCAAUCCGCACCGUCGAAUACACCGCUGACGACUACAACGGUUUCAACGCCGUCGUCAAGAACGAAGGUGGAUACAAGGCCCCGUCAUACUCUGCCCCAUCAUACUCCGCACCAGCCUACAAGCCAGCUUACUCCGCGCCAGCUUACUCUGCCCCAGCUUACUCUGCACCAGCCUACGCCGCACCAGCAUACUCUGCCCCGGCCUACAAGCCAGCUUACAAACCAGCAUACUUUCAUUUCUGUACACAGUCAUCGUCCAAUUUGACAAAAAAAACCCAAAACAACACUAAAAUGGCCGCUAAGUUCGUCAUCUUCGCCGCUUGCGUGGCUACCGCCCUCGCCCAAUACUCCGCCCCAGCUUACAAGCCAGCGUACUCUGCGCCCGCUUACUCGGCACCAAAGGCUUACGCCCCAGAGCCCGCAUACGCACCCACACCGUACAACUUCGAAUACAGCGUAAACGACCCACACACCUACGAUGUGCACAGCCAAUCCGAAUACAGUGACGGAAACGGUUACGUCAAGGGAUCCUACAGCCUCGUCGAAGCCGACGGCUCAAUCCGCACCGUCGAAUACACCGCUGACGACUACAACGGUUUCAACGCCGUCGUCAAGAACGAAGGUGGAUACAAGGCCCCGUCAUACUCUGCCCCAUCAUACUCCGCACCAGCCUACAAGCCAGCUUACUCCGCGCCAGCUUACUCUGCCCCAGCUUACUCUGCACCAGCCUACGCCGCACCAGCAUACUCUGCCCCGGCCUACAAGCCAGCUUACAAACCAGCAUACUAAUUUAUUUAGCCGUGUGAACCAACACUCUUCUUCAUCUUUUACUUCAUGUUUUCUUCGUGUACCUCUCUUGACCGUCGCGUUCACAUUGAACCGUGGUUUCAAAGUCAUACCGUGCCGUAUUAAUAUAAUAUAAUAUGACAAUUGGUACGACUAUGUAUUUAUUGUGUAAAUAUAUAUAACAAUGUAUAUUUAUUGAAAA